AUGAAUAACCUAAUGACGCAGUCGUGGGUCAUCGACAAAAACACAGGCUUCACGCGCCUCGCCACGGCACAGGACCUCGAGCAGGGCCGAAGGGAUGCCUUCGGCACGCCAGGGGGAGAGGGGCCGCCAGAUGCGGACGACGACGGAAGCGAGGAGGAAAAAGGGCCGGGAAUGGACCUCACGGAAUUCGACACGAAAGUCGCAGAGGUUCGCAAGGACAUGGAGAGUAUAGCGACGGCGAUCAGCUCGCUAGCGAGCUUGCAUCAAGAGGCGAAGGCCGCGGUGCGAUCCGCGUCCGUCGUCGCGCUGCACAAGCGGAUGGACGACGACGUGGGCACGAUCUCGCGGCUCGCGAAGGCGAUUCGGCAGAAGAUCGAGUCGCUACAGGAGGACAACGUCGCGAACAGGAAGUACCCCCGGUGCGGCGCAGGCUCGGCGACGGAUCGGCACCGAACCUCGGUGACGAUGACGCUCGGCAAGAAGCUCAAGGAUCUAAUGGGCGAGUUCAUGGAUCUGAGGAAUCGCAUGGCGGAAGAUCACAGAUCGACGGUGGAGCGGCGAGUGUACAUUGUAACGGGGGAGCAGCUACCUAGCGAGCAUGUGGACCGGAUAAUCGAGACCGGGCAGAGUGAAAGUUUUCUACAGGCGGCGGUUUCGGCGCAGGGGCAGACCGCGGCGAUGGUAGACGUGGUGGCGGAGAUUCAGGAGCGGCACAACGCGGUGCAGGACAUCACGCAGCAGUUGCAGGAGCUGCACCAGAUGUUCCUCGACAUGGCGACUAUGGUCGAGGCGCAGGGCGAGAUGUUGGACAGUAUCGAAUCGCAUGUCGGCGCGGCGGUGGAGCAAACGUCGACGGCGAAGGAGCAGCUGCAGACGGCGGUGGUGAUUCAGCAGAACACGCGCAAGUGGUAUAUUAUCGGGGGCGUCGCGGCUCUGAUUAUUCUUCUCAUUAUAAUCAUCCCCGUCGUCUCGUCGGCGAUGAAGUAA